GUAAAAUAUAAAUCAGACUCGACUCCACCGAGCUCUGGACUCUGCUUCGCUUCCUCUUGAAGAAAGGUUCACUGCUACAUCAGAAAAUUGUUUUUGAUCUUCAGAGAGUACAAUGGGGAGACUCCUCACAGCACUGAGCGUUCUGCUCGUUUUACACAUGGCCUCAUCCUACAGACUGGUGUGCCACAUGACCAACUGGGCCCAGUACAGGCCCAGCAGUGCCAAAUUCACCGCAGACGACAUUGACCCCUUCCUGUGCACACAUGUCAUCUACGCUCUGGCCACCAUCAACAGCUUCAACCAGAUCAGCCCCAAUGAGUGGAACGAUGAGCAGCAGUACAUCCAGCUCAACCACCUCAAGAACGUUAAUCCUGCUCUGAAGACUCUGCUGUCAGUCGGAGGAUCAGACAAUGGAUUGAGCCCAUUCAUCGCCAUGGUCGCCAAUCCUGAGGGCCGCCAAGCCUUCAUCAGGUCGGCAAUCAGUUACCUCCGCACCCAUAACUUUGACGGGCUGAACUUGGCCUGGGAGUAUCCUGGACACAACGGAAGCCCACAGACAGACAAGGAGAGGUUCACUCUGCUGGUCACGGAGCUGUCAAAGGCCUUUGAGGACGACGCCAAGGAAAACAGGAAGACCCAGCUGCUGCUGUCAGCCAACGUGGCGUCUUUGCGUCCCACCAUCGACAGAGCCUACGAGGUCAAUAAGAUCGCAGAUCCCCUUGACUUCCUCAAUGUCAUGACUUAUGACUACCAUGGACACUGGGAGGCAGCUACUGGACACAACAGCCCACUCUACCGCAGCUCUGUGGACUCCGGCUCACACAUUCAUCACAACAUCAACUCUUCCAUCUCCCACUGGCUGGCUCUGGGAGCACCAGCCGAGAAGCUGCUGCUGGGUUUCGCCACCUAUGGACGAACUUACCGCCUAACCAGCGGUGCUACUGGCCUGGGAGCACCAGCUAAAGGCCCCGCCGAUGCCGGACCCUACACUCGCACUGCCGGCUUCUGGGCCUACUAUGAGAUCUGUGACUACACUUCCAGUGCUACUGCUGGAUGGAUCCCUGAACAGGAGGUUCCUUACGCCACCUAUGGAAGUUCCUGGGUGGGCUAUGAUGACAUGCGCAGCUAUUCUUCCAAGGUCGAGUGGAUGACUGGCAACAACCUGGGAGGUGCUCAUGUGUGGACUCUGGACAUGGAUGACUUUGGUGGAUACUUCUGCGCAGCUGGAACUUAUCCUCUUGUCAACCACCUCAGGAUGUCAAUGGGCUUUGGCCCAAAGCCCACCACCACCCCAGCCCCCACCACCACCAGGGACCCUGUUGCAGACUUCUGCCGUGGCCGCCCCAAUGGCCUGUAUGAGAACGUAGCUGAUAAGACCACCUACUUUCAGUGCUUCCAGGGAAACACCUACCUGCACAGCUGCCAGCCCGGCCUCAUCUACAUCGACUCCUGCAAGUGCUGCGACUGGCCCUGAGCCACAGACUGAACUACAAGCACACACCGAGUCCAUGAAUGUACACCGCAGUGAAUUAUCUCAGUGUCAGUGUGCAAUGAUUAACCUUGCAGCUAGCUCACUGCAUUCUUCAACAAAUUAAACAAUUUUUACUGACCCGAUGAAUGAUAUGACAGAUUUUCUACUCCAAAAUGACACAUGUAACUGCAUUAUGUUCUUCUAUAUGUCUCUCCACUUACUUUCUAACAAUGGUUGAAUUGUGAAUAAAGUGGCUGUGCUCGGAUGA